GACCGUUUCAAAUAACUCGAAAAUUACUAAAUACAAGAAAAUGUUUUAUAUAAACUUUCAUAAUGUAAUAGUAAAAUUAUAAAUAUAUUCUCAUCUAUGUAUGAGCUUUUCAAUAUGUUGAUAUUAAAUUAUAUUAAACAAUCAAUAUGUUUAUUACAAAAGUUAUGCUCGUUAUGAUGAUAAUGGUUCAUAUGAUGGCGAUUGGAUAAUGGACAAGAUGAAUGGGACUGGAUUACGGAUUUAUCCAAGCGGUGCUCGUUACAUGGGUCAAUGGAAAAAUGGAAUUCGUGAUGGUAUCGGGACUAUGGUCUGGACCAAUGGAAAUUUUUAUCGUGGAGAAUGGAAAUGUGGUUUAAUGCAUGGUUAUGGAGAAUAUGUAUGGAAUGGAUUCUUCAACAGAACUUUUACUUGGCCACAAGAAGCAUCUUACACAGGUUAUUGGCGUCAUGGAUUGCGCCAUGGCAAAGAUUGUUUUCAUAUAGGAGAUAUGAAAUUUAAUUCUGUUGGUGGAGCAAAGUAUUCUGGAUAUUGGGAGGAUAAUAAGAAACAUGGUUAUGGAAUUAUAAUUGGAAAUAAUGGCGAAAAAUUCGAAGCUAAUCCAUUAUUUUUAAAUGAUAUUUUAUGUACUGAUAUUAUAAAAGAUAAUAAUUUUGAAAAUGAAUCAGAAAUAAAAAGUAAAGAAGAAUACAUGAUAAUUAAAGAUGUGAAACCAAAAUUUAUUGAAAAACCUGCCGAAUUGGCAAAAGGUUUCGUAACACCUAUCCUAAAACCAGAACAAUUUCCGUGUUUAACUUAUUAUAUAACUCGUUUAUUGGAUCCAGAAAGUUUGGAACCAUAUUUUGAACCUUCAAUUUCAUCUGGAAGAUGUUAUAGUUGUGAAAACGAAUCUUGUGCUUGUUUACAUGUACCUUCAAACGAUAUUGUUAUAAAUAAAAUUAUAAAUGAAGAAAACGAUUUCCCACAAGGAGAGCUUUUUAAUUCUGAUGUAGUAGAUAUAACAAAAUCUGAAUGGAAUUAUGAAGAAUGCUGGAUAUACAAAUGUUUAAUGAUUCAUAUUCUUCGUUUACGUCAAAUUUAUAAUGAUUAUGCCAAAUUAUUUGCAAAGCCAGCACCAAAAUGUAAUCUUGUAAUGAGCAAACUAUGUUUAUGGCAAUUAUGGAGAGAUUGUAAUGUCCAAAAAAAAAUUUCUCUUUCCACAAUUGAUAAACACAUAGCAAAAAAUAAAAGUACAAUAGUGAAAGAUCCUCACCAUCCAUUUGAAAAGAUUGAAAUCUGGCAAUUUUUACAUGCGUUGUUAGAAGUAUCUUGGCAUUUAUAUACAAAAUAUAAUAAUGAAGAAAUCGGAGAAAUGAACGGAAAACUUGCUAAUGGUUUGCACAAAUUUUUAAAAAAUGAUAUAUAUCCUCAUAUUGGAAAUCAUGUUGGUACUUUAUGCAAUGAAAAUAAGGAUAUAUUACCUAUAAAUUGUGUUUUUAAAUUGUAUCAACAAAUUGGAUAUCCACCUUCUGCAAGAGAUUUGCUUCAAUCAACAUGUAUUUUGAAUGCAAAAGAUUCACGAUUGUUUGCUACGAUCACUGAAACUAUGAAAAUAUUUCCGGAGGGAAUUAAUUCUGUGACAAUAGGUGAAAAAAUUAGUUAUUUAUUAAAACUUAAUGAAAUGUUUACAUUACAUAAUUAUACGACUGAUAUAUCAAAAAAAAAUGAAAAUAAUCUAAUUAAUAAAUUGUUGAUUUUUAGUCAGCUAGGAGUUAUAAAAAUGAUAGAAAUCAUGACGCUAAUAUGUCCUGGAAUAAAAGAUACAAAUACUGAUAUAAUUAUAAAUAUGGAUUAUAAGGUACAGAUAGAAAUUUCAUUCAUGAAAUAUCAUAAAAUUGAAAAGAACGUGGCAGUUGGCUCUCCUUGCAACCACGGAUGGAACGAUUCAGUCUUGAGCGAGCAAUAACAAAAUUGUGAGUGUCAUCGGAACAAGCGAAUCCAUUACGCAUUUUUACAUAAUGAUGCAGUGGAACUUAAUUGAUUUUUAUGCAUAAAACACUAUGCUAAAUAUAUUUUCAUAAAAGUCCCAGGGCUCAGGAAGUCAGAGGAACGAUAGUGUGUGACUAAAUCGCUUAUAGUAAUGUUUUUACUUAAAAUGCAAUAUACGCGUUACUUCUAAUCCAUUAUAUUAUCUUUUGAUGUCUUCCUUUUUUAUAUUUAUUUUAGAGAUAUUGAAUACACUAAUAUUUGAUUAAAUAUAAAAUUUGAUUCUUUUUUAUAUUUAUUCGAAUUUAUUAUUGAUAUUUUAUUUUCUUCGAAAGAAUAAAAAUGAAAAUAUGGAUAAUGAGAAGAAUGAAAAUUUAAUUUAAUAUUAAAAAAUAAAUUUCGAAACAAAAAAAGAUUUAUAUAAAAAUAUAAAAUCUCAUUUAACUGCCAAAUUAUAAAAUAUUAUACAAUUCAUGUACAAAAUAUAUAUUUUUACAAAUUGUGAAUCAUGCAAUAAAUGUAAUCAUAAAAUAAUUAUUAAUUUUUAAAAUCAAAAUGAAAAAAAAUCCGAAGACUUAGAUAUUUCAAUAGUAGAUUUAGAAGUAUUGCGUCAUCGCAGCUAAAGCCGGUUCAACAAUCCCUAUAAGUAAUUCUAAAAUAUAAACUAUAUACCGAUGCACGUAAUUACAGUACAGCACAACAAAACACGCUUUUAUGACAAUAAAGCGCGACACUGUUCAAAUCCUCGAUAGCAAGUAUAUUAUUCGAUUUAAUAAUAUUUGAAUUAAAAUUAAUCAAUAUAAGUUCUUAUAAAAUAUGAAAUAGUUGAUAUAUUUUUAUUCAAAAAUUAUUUUAACUUCCUGCAUAAAUAAAAAAUAAAAUAAUUUAUUUUUAAUAAUACUACUAACAAAUCAUACCAAAAAAUGUAUCGUAAAUAUACAACACGAUCAAAAUUUAAUUUAUAUCGUAAAUUAUUUUCAAGUUCGAUAUAUUUCAUUACUUUUUAUCAAUUCAUUUAUAAAUUUAUAUUUUUGAGAUAAAUUCGUUAUACUAAUGAUUAAAAUAUAAAAAAACAGAUUAAUAAAUUGAUAGUAGAAAAUAUUUUUCAUAAAAAUAUCUACAACAUGUAUCCAAACUAUUCGAUAAAUAGGAUACUUUAGUUUAAGUAACUUGAAUGCCAUCGAGCGACUGUUACAUUUUACUUUGUUUAAUUGAUUAUCGAGAUACAAUAUGAAACGAACUAAUGUCUUUAUAAUGCAACUAGUAGACAAACAGUGAGUCUUUUUAUAAAAAUUGUUCGAAUAAUUAUUGAUAAUAUAACUAUUAGAAUGGGUGCAGUACAUAAUGAGCCCCAGGACAUAUAAUAUCUCUCACGUAAGUAAUGUAUCAUCCAAUUCUUCUAUUUUGCCUUCAGGCUGAGAUAGAACUUUACGCAAUACUUUGCUGACUACAUCUGAUAAUGAUUCUUUUGCACCAGCAUCCAAGAAAGCCAUACAACGCUGAAAAAUAUAGUUUGUAGAAUUAUAACUAACCAAUAUUCGAAUUCAGUUUAUAUUUGUGUAAUAUAAUUGAUAAAUACCUGAUGUUCUUCUUCUCCUUGUCUCAAUCUAAGUACUGCUAUGAGAGCAAGUUCACUGUUAGCUUUUACAUAACCAUUUUUUUCUUUUGUUCCAUUUACCAACAUAGGUAAAAGUGAUUUAAGUAAUUCUGGUGACAUUUUUUCUGGCGAUAUGUUACGAGCCAAAUGAAUACAAACUUUGGCUAAUAAUUGUUUUACAUCAUUGCUAUUGUUAUUCAUCGACUAAAAUUAUUUACAUAAUAAAUUAUUUAUAUAAAUUAUUUUAUAUUUAUUUUUAUAUAUGUUUAUAAAAAGAAGUAAAUAUAAAAUUAUAUAAUCUUUAAAUUUUUACCCGUACAAACGGAGAUAAAAUUUGUUGAGGUAUAGAUUGUCCUUCAUUCAUAAGAUAUUGAAACAAAUAACCACAAGCUCGUACACCAUUCAUAACAAUUUGAACUCGAUCAGCACUUAAAUACGAAAGUAUUACACUGCAAACGCGAUCUUUUUCUUUAUUAUUAUAGACAGUUGUUGGAGAUUCCUUUAAUGCGACAAAUAAUGCUGCAGAACGUCCAUGUCUAAGCAUCCAAUCAACAGUUGAAUCAUUACCUACAAAUUGUUAAUUAAGUAAUUUUAAUUGUUUAUAACAUGUAAAUCUCAAUUUUUGUGUUUGUUCUUGCUUUCAAAAUUUCAUGAAUAUAUUAAUAUUUUAUAUAUUACACUUAUAUUGUUUUGUAUUAUAUAAAAAAAUAAAAAAUAUAUAAUUAUAUUAAA